CGGUAUACUUUUAGUACUUUUUGGAAUGCUGAAUAAAAAGAAAAGGCGACACGUUUUAACUUUAGAAUUGAUGAAGUUGAUAAAAUACGUAGUUAUCUGAAUGGAUGAGAAACAGAUAGCCCUUUGCUGAUUUUAUCUUGAUGUCUGCAAAAAAGCCUCAAUCUUGCAAAAUCAUUCCCUGAACUCCCACAGAUGUCAGCAUGGAUACGGACUCUUGUAAAAAGAAAACGAACCAAGAUAGUUCUCGUGGGUCUGACGGUGACAUUCUCCCUGGCACUCAUCCUGAUGGUGAAGCUACAGAGUGAUACAGAGCAGCCAGUCACAAAGACACAUAAAGUCAUAAUUAGAACGGAAAACGCGGAAUCUACAACAGUGACAGAAAGACACAAAAUGGCUAUUCUGGUUCCAUUCAGGGACAGAUUUGAAGAGUUGUUGGAGUUUGUGCCAUACAUGCAUGAUUUUCUGAAUAAGCAGGGAACAGCUCAUCAGAUUUAUGUCAUUAACCAAGUGGAUGAUUACAGGUUUAACAGAGCGGCGUUGAUCAAUGUUGGAUUCUUGGAGAGUGGCAAAGACUGUGAUUAUAUCGCUAUGCAUGAUGUGGACUUGGUACCAGUUAACCCUGCCAUCACCUACCCCUACCCCAGGACCGGGGUGUACCACGUAGCCUCCCCCGAUCUCCACCCCCUUUACCACUACAAGAAGUUUGUUGGGGGGAUACUGCUCUUGACGAGGGAUGCCUUCACAAGUACCAAUGGCAUGUCCAAUCGAUAUUGGGGUUGGGGACUGGAGGAUGAUGAAUUCUUUGUCAGAAUGAGGCGACAGAUGCUAGAGAUUGAGAGACCCUCUGGCAUUACAACAGGUUACGAGACAUUUCGCCACAUACAUAAUCGGAAGAAAAGACGACGUGACACAGCCAAACACUUUAAUCAAACACAGGAAUUAAGACACUUGGACAAAAAGACAGGGGCCAGUAAUAUCAAAUACACGAUAGACAGCAAAACAGACAUCACUGUGGCCGGAGCACCUGCCAAAAUCAUAAACGUUGUUCUGGACUGUGACCUGAAAGAUACGCCCUGGUGUCUGAAGCCAGAGUAUCAUACUGUAUACAAAGCUAAAGGACUAAUACCAUAGGAUUAUCUUACUUAAUACUAAUGAAUAAUAUACUACCAUGUACAAAGCGAAAGGGUUAAUACAAUAGGAGUGUCAUCAUAGUAUCAUAGUGAAUACAAAGCUAAAGGAUUGAUGCAAUAGUAGUACAUGUAUCCUCAUAGUAUCAUAGUGGAUACAAAGAUAAAGGAUUGAUACAAUAGUAGUACAUGUAUCCUCAUAGUAUCAUAGUGGAUACAAAGAUAAAGGAUUGAUACAAUAGUAGAACAUGUAUCCUCAUAGUAUCAUAGUGGAUACAAAGAUAAAGGAUUGAAACAAUAGGAUUAUUCUCAAAGUAAAUGUAUUAAACUGUGUAUAAAGCUAAAGAAUGAUACUAUAGAUUUACUCCCCUUUAUCCCACUCUGUAUAAAACAAGGAUAAAUGGGAUUUGCAUCCGAAAUUUCACUGUGUACAAAGAUAAAGAAUCAGUAGGAUAGGGCCAUCCUUUAUAGUCCCAAUUUCCUGAAUGUGUUGUGAUUUAUCAUCUUAUCAUCAUCCAAUACAUUGUGUAAAAAGUGGAAAUAUUAACACUGUCGGACUUGUCUGAAUUAAGAGAAUGUAAGAGGAUGGAUUUAAUCAUUUAUAAUGAUAUGUACAGUAUGUAACAUUGGAUUUACCUACUAACUUCCUUGUAUCAUGGCAGCCAGGUAUGAAAAGAAUCCUGUUAAAAAGUGCCUUGGGAUAAAUCCUUAAAAUCCUAACAUGCUAUGGACUGGAAGAAAUUCUGGUCCUUAUAGAUAUUUUUCAAAACCAUGAGAAGAUAGCCAGUAUCAGUACUUUGACAUAGUUUUGAAAACAACUGUUAUUUAUGUUAGACAAAUGGCAAACAUAAUACGUAAAAAGCAAAUUCAUACUGUUUUCUUCCACAAGACAAGUAUUUUCAUUGUUCAGACAGUACUUCAGAUUUUUUUUAAUAUAUUAAGAAUAUACUUCAACAGACUUGCCCAAUAGAACAACGAAAAUGCUGUUAAAAACAUAUAAUUUUGUUUAAAUCAUUUGUUUUAUCAGUAAAUGUUUAUAAGCAUAUGUUAUGGACAUGGGAUCAUUUAUUUCAGGAGUAUAUACAUGUCUUAUGUGAUAUCUUAAAGUUUGUCCAUGAUUUUUCUUGUAUGCAAGUUAUUUUAUUGCAUAAAAAUGUGCAAUAUCAUGCAAGUUCAGAAGAAUGAAUGUGUUAUUUUAUGAAUUUUUUAAACUUUUAUAUAAAAGAUAGGUUGAGAGUUUUAUAUUGAAUUUAACACUUUCUCCGGGUACAAUUUUAUAGCAUUAUUUCAUCAAACAUUUUCCAAUAUCUUGUCAUUGUAUGGUUUGAUAUUUAUUUUAUUGUCACCUUGCACCAUGCAUGAUAGAUAAAUGACCAUGUCAUAUCAUAUUUCUAUUAAAGCAAUGCUAUCACUA